AUGACUUCCACGGAGAACAUUUCAGAGGUGACAGAAUUCAUUCUUGUGGGGUUAACAGAUGCCCUAGAGAUGCAGGUCCCUUUAUUUAUAAUCUUCACUCUCAUUUACUUCAUCACGCUGGUUGGGAACCUGGGGAUGAUCCUGUUGAUCCUGCUGGACUCUCGUCUCCACACCCCCAUGUACUUGUUCCUCGGCAACCUCUCCCUGGUGGACUGUGUUUACUCCUCGGCCGUCACUCCCAAGGUGAUGGUGGGGUUUCUCACAGGAGGUAAGAUCAUCUCCUACAAUGCAUGUGCUGCCCAGAUGUUCUUCUUUGCAGCCUUUGCAACUAUUGAAAGUUUCCUCCUGGCCUCAAUGGCCUUCGACCGCCAUGCAGCAGUGUGUAAACCCCUGCAUUACACCACCACUGUGACAAGCACUGUGUGUGCCGUACUGGUCACAGGCUCCUACAUCUGUGGACUUUUGCAGUCUUCCGUCCAUGUUGCCUUCACUUUCCACCUCACCUUCUGUCAUUCCAACACUGUUAAUCACUUUUUCUGUGACAUUCCCCCACUCCUGACCCUCUCCUGCUCUGAUGUCUACACAAAUGAGGUUGUGCUCUUUACUUUGGCAGUAUUCAAUGUGCUUUUCACUCUUCUGGUUAUUUUGAACUCUUACCUGUUCAUUUUUAUUGCCAUCCUGAGGAUGCACUCAGCUGAGGGACAGAAGAAGGCCUUUUCCACCUGUGCAUCUCACCUCACCACUGUUUCCAUCUUCUAUGGGACAAUCAUCUUCAUGUACUUACAGCCAAGUUCUAGUCAUUCCAUGGACACAGACAAAAUGGCAUCCGUGUUCUACACCACGAUCAUCCCCAUGCUGAACCCCCUGGUCUACAGCCUGAGGAACAGAGAGGUCAAGAGUGCAUUCAUUAAGGUGGUUGGAAAAGCAAAGUCUUCGUGGGGCUUAGCCUACUAA